AUGGUGGUUUUUAAUGCUCUUCCUCAGGGAUGGUCACUGCCACAACUCAGGGACUGGUCACCUGCCAUCUCAGGGAGAGUCACUGCCCCCUCAGGGACUGGUUCACUUAGUCAUCAGGGAGAUGGUCCACUGCCCCUCAGGGGACUGGCCACUGCACUCGGGAUGGUCCACUGCCCCUCAGGGAAUGGUCCACUCCUCAUGUGGGACUGGUCACUGCCCCUCAGGGACUGGUCACUUGCCCCAGGGUCUGAUCCACUGCCCCAGGGAGUUGAUCCACUGCCCCCCAGGGUUCUGGUCACUGCCCCCCAGGGUCUGGUCACUGCCCCCCAGGGCCUGGUCACUGCCCCCCAGGGCCUGGUCACUGCCCCCCAGGGCCUGGUCACUGCCUCACUCACCACCUGCACCACUGUGGGUUAUGCCCACAUCACACCCACCACUGUGGUCAGUAGUAAGGGCAGUGUACACCUUCCUAAUGGAGGAAGCUCCGUACCCAAGCCUGUCAACGGACAGUCGCUGUACUCUGGCCACGUGAGGUACGAACCCCCACCCAUCUAUGGCAGGAACAACCUCAGUAGUUCAGCACACUCCAGUCCUCGCUCCAGUGUCAGUGGUGGUAGUCACGACUCUCUCAACUCCGGACACAACUCUGGACUCAACUCUCGUUCCAUUCCACAAUCUGCGACUCAUCAUUCCAGUGAAUAUGUUGUGAAACCUAAUUUUUUGGGACUUCAUACUUAUGAAAAUAUUAACACUUAUCAUCAUUACGGACCUCAGGGUAGUUUAGCGGCUACGAUUAUUGAAAAUAAAUAUGCCAGUCCACGUUCCAGUAUAAGUUCCCAAGACUCGAAGCAUUCCAGCCCCAGGAGCAGCUUAGUACAUUCCUUACAAGGUUCUAGUCUAGAUAGAACGAGCUUAGCCAGUCAGACUAUUUUGGAAGAAGGUAGUUUACAUAGACCCACUAUAGUUAAUAGGCAUCUUCCCCCUCGAAUAGAACAAGAUCUAGAAGGCAAAGAAUUUGUUAUUCCCAGAAACAAUGCUUAUGUUCAGGAAAAUGCUAGACAUAAUUCGCAGUGGAGUGUGAGUAGUGACUCUGUUAGACAUCGGGGUAUUUAUUACGAUGCCCUUCCGCCUCCCCCUGUUCCACCACAUUCUUUAGGCCUAACUCGACCGUCGCACACCCCUGUUGCGACUCCAAGUCCUACUGCUCUUCCUCCUCCCCCGCCCUACCCUGGAAAACCCCCUAGUUUAAAUUCAGUGUCUUCGACAGAGGCAAGUGAAUCGUCCGUAUCUCUUGGAAAUUCUCGUGCCUCUUCUGUGGUGUUUCCUAUAGUGACAUCGACUCAUAAUUAUGCUAACAUUGAGGUGUUAAAGAGUGUUAGUGGGGCUGAUCCACCACCACCGCCACCUUACCCAUCGUCUCUUGUGCGACAGUUCCAGAACUUGGGCUUGUCUAGUACCCAGUCUACCCUGGGAACACACUCUCCAGUACCAUCAACUCCUUCCACUCCAUCAACUCCUUCAACUCCCCAGAGUUUAUUAAGGGGAGGAGGAGCACUGCCUCCACCACCACCACCACCUUAUCCAUCUUCUGUGGUAAGGGCAGCUCAACAGCCGUAUCUCCCACCUCCACCACCUCCAUACCCAUCAUCGGUAGUGAGAAGCAUCACCUCUGUACAGUCAUAUGUUCCCACCACCUUAGGUCUAAUUACGGGACAAAUAGCUCAAGUUCCACCACCAGCUCCACCUUACCCAUCAACAGCAGUGCGUAGUGUAGCUUCUGGAGUCAGCUAUAAUCACAACAGCAUUAUGAGCCAAAAUAGCAAUAUGAGUAACACACUAAAUACUCCUAGUGAUCGUUUGGCACAGUGGCAGCACAAACUAGGGAGUGGUGCGCACACUACCCAGCAACAGUCAUCAUCCAAUAUGUCGACCAUCUCUCCGGGCAUCACCACAGGCCAUGCGCACACACCUCUUACACCAUCUGCAGCUGCUAAGCAUGUCAGUGGCAAAAAUCUGCUACCGUAUAAUGUUACAGCAAAGUCGAUGGGAAUGAGCGAGGCGGAGAGGAAGCUGGAGGCCCUGACACAGCAGAUUGAGGAGGAGAUGGAGAAGCAAGAGCAGGAGGGCGAGUAUUAUGGUGUCUGCCACACAUGUGGAGACAAAGUGACUGGUGCUGGGCAGGCAUGCCAGGCUAUGGGCAACCUUUAUCACACUAACUGCUUCAUCUGUUGCUCCUGUGGACGUGCACUGCGAGGAAAAGCUUUCUACAACGUGCAUGGAAAAGUGUACUGUGAAGAAGAUUACCUCUACUCUGGCUUCCAACAGACUGCAGAGAAAUGUGCUAUCUGUGGCCACCUUAUUAUGGAGAUGAUAUUACAAGCUAUGGGGAAGUCUUACCACCCUGGAUGCUUCCGAUGCUGCAUAUGUAACGAGUGCUUGGACGGUGUACCAUUCACCGUUGAUGUUGACAACAAGAUCUACUGUGUCCAUGAUUACCAUAGCUAUGUUGUGUAUGUCUGGUUACCCAGAAACCUGGCGUGGUGCCAUCUUCAGAAACCUGGCAUGGUGCCAUCUUCAGAAACCUGGCAUGGUGCCAUCUUCAGAAACCUGGCAUGGUGCCAUCUUCAGAAACCUGGCGUGGUGCCAUCUUCAGAAACCUGGCGUGGUGCCGUCUUCAGGGUCGAGCCUCCAUACAGCAUGCUUUUAAAGAGUAGAUUUUUUCUUUAACUAAAUACUAUAUAUUUAUAUGGGGAGUACCCAAUAUAUAUAUAUUUUAAUAUGGUUUUUAAUAAGGUAGUAUUUAGUGUAUAAUUUGUCUUACCUUCAUUAGUAGAGAAUGAUGAAAAAAUAUAUUAAAAAAUUCAGUAUACGUAGUUUGAAUUUUUGUGUUAAAUAUGUACUGUGUUGUGCAGUAGAUCAUUGUAAGAAAUAUGCUAACCAUUUGUACUGCUGUUGUUUAUAUUCAAGCUCUGAUGGCAUGUCUAUAACCUUCGCUAUUUUUAUUGAAAUAAAACUUUGUUAUUAGAAA